AUGUCAGCGGGAAGAAAAGACAAACGACCAUUCAACUCCAGCCCAAGAGGAGGACCAAGCAAAUUCCAGAGAAAACCACCCAUGAACAAGCCAAAGGAGGUUGUUCUGCAGCCACACCCACGGUUCAAGGGCGUGUUCCUGUCAAGAGGAAAGGAAGAGACGCUAGCCACAAAGAACUUAACCCCUGGGCUAUCAGUCUACGGCGAAAAGAGAAUUCUGGCAGGCCCAGACGAUGCAAAGGUAGAGUACAGAGCAUGGAACCCCUUCAGAAGCAAGCUUGCUGCAGGUAUCCUUGGUGGACUGGAGAACAUCCACAUUGUCCCAGGAGCAAAGGUUCUUUAUCUUGGAGCCGCCUCUGGUACAAGUGUGUCUCACGUGUCUGAUCUGGUUGGGCCAGAAGGUGUAGUCUACGCCGUGGAGUUCAGUCACCGGUCAGGCAGAGACCUUCUAAGCCUGGCUAAGAAGAGACCAAACAUUGUUCCUAUCAUUGAGGACGCCAGACUGCCCCAGCGAUACAGAAUGCUUGUGCCAAUUGUUGAUGUGAUAUUUGCUGAUGUUGCACAGCCAGACCAGGCAAGAAUCGUUGGUCUGAACGCCAAGUACUUUUUGAAGGAGAAGGGUGGAGUGGUGAUCUCCAUCAAGGCUAACUGCAUUGACUCAGUGAAGGCUCCUGCAGAAGUAUUUGCCAACGAAGUAAACAUUCUUAGAAAACUUGAAAUCAAGCCAAAGGAGCAGGCCACGUUAGAGCCAUACGAGAGAGACCAUGCCAUUGUUGUUGGAAUAUACAGAGACUCAAAGUAA